ACAUAUUGGACUCCUUCGUUCGGAAAAGCUUUGAAAAGCGUGGAUAAUAUGAUAGCGCGCGCGCGCGCGGGGAGCGGGGGGCGGGCCGGCACAAAUCGAUUAUUCGCCGCCUAGCGCUCGGCCCGCGAGGACGAGUGUUUAAUUUUAGAAUUUCCCCCCGAAACGAUCGCAACGCCGGGAGAUGAGUGCUUCAAAAUCCUUAGUUAUUUGUGAUAAAUGUGUUUAGUGAAGUGCAGAGUGACAUAGCGGCGGGAUGGGGAACUCCUGCAGCUCAGGACAGGCGCAUAAGGACAAGGACAGCCAGUCCCAGCAUUCUGAAGAGUACAAGUUGAAAUCAUCAACCGGGAAUGAAAGGUCACCGUCCUACCGCGCGCGAGCGAAAGAGAGGGAAGACCAGCCCGCGCCGACGCAGUUACUCGAGCCUGCGCCCGCGCACCGGCCGCAGCUGAAGGGGCCACGCCCGGUCGGCUCUAGUGUGUCCGACUCCAUCUCCCUAUCCUCUCCAGUGACGUGCGCCUCCCCCCGCGAUGCCGAAGGCCCCCCCAUGCCGAGCGGCGUGGCGUCUCUGCCUGAAGACCAUAGGGCACAGCUACUGGGCAGGCCGCAGCAGAGGACGAGACGGAAGAAGGCCAUGCUCAUAUAUGUGUGUGCGGCGGAUUCACAAGACUGCUGCGCGGAGAAAGGUGCGCUGCAAUGCGGCGCCGCAGCCCGUCUACGGGUGCGCGCGCGACGACGCGGCUGGAGGAUCCACGUGGCGGACCUGCACUGGCGGUCACCGCUCGAACAACAGAGGGACCAUCGCUUCCCCGUGCUGUGUAUAGCUGAACUUGCACGCGCGCUGCAAUGCGGCGCAGCAGCCCGUCUACGGGCGCGCGCGCGACGACGCGGCUGGAGGAUCCACGUGGCGGACCUGCACUGGCGGUCACCGCUCGAACAACAGAGGGACCAUCGCUUCCCCGUGCUGUGUAUAGCUGAACUUGCACGCGCGCUGCAAUGCGGCGCAGCAGCCCGUCUACGGGCGCGCGCGCGACGACGCGGCUGGAGGAUCCACGUGGCGGACCUGCACUGGUGGUCACCGCUCGAACAACAGAGGGACCAUCGCUUCCCCGUGCUGUGUAUAGCUGAACUUGCACGCGCGCUGCAAUGCGGCGCAGCAGCCCGUCUACGGGCGCGCGCGCGACGACGCGGCUGGAGGAUCCACGUGGCGGACCUGCACUGGCGGUCACCGCUCGAACAACAGAGGGACCAUCGCUUCCCCGUGCUGUGUAUAGCUGAACUUGCACGUCAGUCAGAGCUCGGGGCGGUAGUCCCAGUGUUGUUCCUCAACUCUGGUCUGGGCACGCCGCUCCUGCCCCACACGCUGGAGUGCGCCGACUUCAAGGCGGCGUUGGACGCCGCUCAGGACGAGGCCGACAAGACGCUGCUCAACAAAUGGUACAAACAUACCUCCUUUACCAGUGUUGUUCAACUCUGGACUGGGUACGCUACUCCUGGCUCACACGCUCGAGUACCCCGACUUGAAGUGUUGUUCAACUCUGGACUGGGUACGCUACUCCUGGCUCACACGCUCGAGUACGCCGACUUCAAGGUGGCAGUUGACGCCGCUCAGGACGAGGCCGACAAGACGCUGCUCAACAAAUGGUACAGCCUAGACGAGAGCAGGACGCCGCCAUGCUACCGUCUCGUUCGCGGCGCGCCGGCGCGCUGGCGUCGCGAGAUGGCGAAGGCACUCAACGUGUUGGUCCGAACUCUGCCUCAGGAGGCGUGCGACGCGUACCUCACAACUGUAGUAGAACAGGAAGUCCAGCACACAGUCCUGAUGAGCGUGGAGGCGGCGCGGCGCUGCGUGUGGGUGUGCCGCGCGGGCGCCGCCGCCGCCGCCGAGCCCGACGCGCCCGACGCCGCGCACCACCAGGAGCUCACGCGCCGACUGCACAAUCUACAGAAGGAUUUGAAGCUUCAUCUAAGCGAGCGCAACAUAAUCAGAGCGUCGGUCCGCGGUCGCUCGGCCCCCGGCGGCGAGGACGAAUACACUGAGGGCGUCCGUUCUGCCCUAGGCGAGCGACUGGACGCGUUGCUCGACACGCUUAUAGGCGAGAGCGAAGCGCCUGCUGGCUGCAAUGGAAUACCUACAAGCUUGUUCGACGAGUUGAACGAACACCUCACAUUCUGCCAAAAGUCGGCUCAAAGUACCUCCAACCGGGAGAUCACUCUUAAUGAACUUAAGACAUACGUGACCGGCGACAGUCAAGUCCCACUGGCAUUGAUAGGGGGCGCCGGCUGCGGCAAGGCUACUUUAGUGGCCCGAGCGGCUACAUUGGCACCUACUUGGCAAGAGGACCUCGCUGUUAUUAUCAGAUUUGUGGGGCUGACCCCGCAGUCGAGUAGCUCGCACCAGCUGCUCAAAUCCAUCGUGGACCAGUGUCAUGUGCUGCACGCUGGGACGCCAUAUCGCGGCAGGAAUGACGUAGCAUCACUGUCAGCGGCGUUACCAAAACUUCUCGGCGCACUGGGGCGCGCCCGACCGGCGUUACUGCUGGUAGUCGGGGCAGACGCGCUGCGAGGUGCGCGUUGGCUGCCUUCACGGUUGCCAGGCAACGUUAAAAUGAUUGUUACAGUCACCGAAGAAACCGACGAGCCCUCAAGCUCAGCAAUAAUGGCGGUGUUAUCCUCCGAAGACGGGCCUAAAGUCGUCCGCGCGCCGCCGGUCGGCGCCGACGAGGCUCGCGCCGUGCUCGCGGCGUGCGCGGCCGCUUACAGCAAGACGGGUGCGGCUUCACCGCCCGAUGCGGCGGUGAAGGCUGUGCAGAAGUGCACCAUACCGCUUUACGCUAAGAUCCUAGCCUGGCAAAUCUCCCUAUCAGCGGAAACCUUCACCGAGCAAUCCGAGCCAGAAACAGCACCAGAACUGGUCAUUUGCGAGGACCUGGAAGGUCAACUGACGCAGAUCCUGAUCACCACGGAGGCGGCGCUGGGCGCCGAACGGGUUAAGACGUGUCUAGCGCUGCUGACGGCCGCGAGGAGGGGGUUAGAUGAUACGGAGAUAUUAGACAUGCUGGCACAUGAUGAGCUGUUUAGAAGUGAAGAGACAUACUUACCGUGGGCGCCCGCGUCGCUAUUCUGGCCGCAGCUGGCGGCGCUGCUGUCGCCGUGGCUGCGCUGGGACGCGCGCGGCGCGGCGCGGUGGCGCGACGCCGCGCUCGCCGGCGCCGCAAGGGACCGCUACCUGCAGGACUGCGAGGACCAAGUACGGAAGACUUUGGUUGACUAUUACGAGGGCGUCUGGUACACGGAAAACGACCCGAAGAUGGCCGGCCGGCUUAUAUCGCAAGAAAACAAAUUCUCAGACGAAUGCUACAACACUCGGAAACUGGACGAGCUACCGUUCCAACACUACCACUUAUCCAAAAACGAGCCAGAAUCAUUCGCCACGAGACCAUAUUUCACCGAACUCAGCUGGGUUCACGACAAGCUUGCGGCUACCGAUUGCGGGCAUUUUCUGGAAGACAUCGCUUUAGUGCACUUAGACCCCCUGCCUGAACACAUUGAGAUACUUAAAGAGGUUUUCGAGCACCAUUCCUACGCACUAGACUACGACCAUAGACAAUUCUACGGCCUCCUCCGAACCACCAUGGAGAAACGCCAACGGGAGGGCACAGAGAUCAAAACCAAAAUAGUCCACACAUGGGUGGAAGAAAUUUGGGAACCGCCUAUACCCACCUUCUUUCCUGCCAAUGAGGAGUUCUGGAAGAUCGUAGAGACGAAGGAGAAAAGAGAUGUGGCUAUGGUCGCUGGGUUUGAUAGUAAGACGUACGAUCUGAUUGUGAGGUUCGACACGAGAGGGAAGUUUGUGGCGACAGUGUCGACGGAACGGGAGGAGAUUUGCGUUUGGGAUGUCGUGCAAUGUAAACUAGUAAGAAAGAUCACCGGUGUCACCCAGCCAAUAAACCUGGUACCCAUCGACGAGUACCGCUGCGUGGUGCUAUGUAAACGAGAGCUGAAGGUCUAUGACCUCAAUCAGGGUAAAUUCGUGGUAUCCCUAAAAGGCGUGAUGAACCAGAAGAUGCCGUACUACGGCCUCCACGACCCCAAGCAUCUUGUCGCCUUAUCGCGCAACAGGAUGUACGUCAACCUGAUGAACAUCGAGACGGGGGACUGUGUCACCACUUUCAAGGCUGGGGAGGACAGGUUCCUGAAUUCGCUGUUGGUGUCCGGCGAUGGAAGGGUGCUGGUAUGCGGAGACGAGACGCAAAAGCCGUUCCCACUCCUAGUAUGGUCACUGACGUCACGGAAACUUCUCUACGACUUACGUAUACCGCACCAUGACUUUGUCACGUCGAAGGCUGCCAUCACGUAUGAAGGUUCAUACGUAUGCGUGGUCUCUCGUGAACUAGACGAGCCCAGCCCCAACUUCAUCGUGGUCUACGACCUCCAGUCAGGCACACUCUUUAAGAAGUGGAAGCCUGGCUGUGAUACGGUAGCUCUGGCUAUCAGCUCGGCUGACGGCUGCGUGGUGUCAGGGUUGGCUGAUACUAGGAUACUGGUGUGGGAUCUGGUCACAGGAAACUGCCGCCUGACGCUACGCGGGCACGGCGCGGCUCCGGCUCGGCUCCGGCUGGCCCGGGCCGGCGGCGUGCUGCUGUCGGCAGACGACGCGUGCCGGGACCUGUCAGUGCGUCUAUGGGACUUACAUACAGGAAAGCUAAUAGCAGUGUACACACCGCCCGAACGUAUCACCUCAUGCGAGGUGCUGCUGGGGGGUUCCGUACUGGCGCUGGCGCUAGAAAACUAUAAGGAGAUCCUUUGUGUCAAGCUCUGCGGGCCUCCCGUGGAUUCAGUCACGCAGGGCCGCGACGCAGAGUACGACGACCGGCCGUACGGCGAUCCGGCGCUAGAGGGCCGUACGUUCGACGUCCGCGGCGCGGAGAGCUGCUGAUAGGACCGCGUCCGUACCAGUGCCGUCUUCAGCCAUUGCUUCAGGACCAGGCUCUACACGUGCAUAGUGCGAUUCUAAAUCCUUUUUUUUUAAUGCAUUUCGCAAUCUGUCAAAUUUGGCCAAUAAUGAAACAGUAGCUAAUAUUUA